UUGCGCGCCUUUGAGAGCCCAAAGGAGGAGACGAUUGGUCGGGAAGAAGCUGAGCUAUAGACGCCAGAGCAUGUGGACGCUUGUACGAUAUUUGAACAGGAACACGUUCUUAAUUUAAGCCACCCACGCCGAGUGUAGUGUGUCGUCUUGAAGGGUCAACGGAGUAAGCAAAGCAGUGGCAAAGCAAUGGCCUCAUGUUUGACACGCAGCUUAUGACGUGAGCUAUCGAUCCGACUUUUAUCUCUUACAUCUUUCGGCACUGUAAAUACGCAUUCAAGCCCCCAGUCUUCUUCCUUCAAGCCAUCUUCUCAUUUGCUAUCUCUCCCUGAACAGAUCGCUUCAUAUUCAAAACGGGUAUCUUCAGUAGUCUGAUCCCUACCUUUCUGCGCGAUAGAUCAUCAUUCCCAAUGACCGAUAGGUCCAGCAUUGCUCCCGACAAGUCUGUUACAAAGCCCCUCAAAGUCUAUCGCUUCCGCCCGAACCACCAUGAAGCUCAGUGGAAGCAUCUCAAACUUCACGGUGAAAGCACCAAGCACAUGUCCACUCCAGUCCAGCUCAAAUUGGUGACAUGGAAUCUGGACUUUUCAGCGGAUCAUGCUGUGGAGCGCUUUAACACGGCUCUAGAGCACCUCCAGUUCGACGUCUUCAAAUGUGACGAGGGUCAGUCGCCCGGGCCUUGCUGCAUUCUGCUCCAAGAAGUGAGACCCGAGUGCCUGAGAGAACUGUUGAAUACUGACUGGGUACGGGACCAUUUCGCCGUGACGCCUGUCGACCACACCAAGUGGCCUGGGCCGCAUUACCAAUACGGCAAUGUCACUCUCGUCGAGCGGACUGUCCCCAUCCGAGAUGCGGAGAUCGUAUUCUAUGGGCGUACCGAGCAUGAACGUUCAGCUAUUGUGCUGGACCUCCGUAUGAUCAGUACACGGGGCUUCAAACGGAACUUGAGGGUAGUCAAUACUCAUUUGGAGUCCAUGGCGACGGGGAGGCCUAAUAGGCUUCAUCAGUUGAAGGAAUGUGCCGUGCUGUUGAGGAACUCGUCCACCGGUGGGGUUGUGGCGGGUGACUUGAACGCGUUUGAUCAGGAUUUUGAUGACGCGCUUCUCAGCCUAGAGCUGGCUGACACUGCCGGGGAGCUUGACGACGAGGAGGCAUUCACUUGGGGGGAACAGGGAGGAGGUGCAGGCGAAUUCCCCAAGUCCCGUAUGGACAGAAUUUUGUCCUAUACGCCAGCUGGGAAGACGAGGUUCGAUAUCACGCCGCCAGAAAGGAUUGGAAUGGAUUUGAAAUGCGGAGAGUUGUGGGUGAGCGACCACUUUGGUCUCCAGGCUAUUUUGACAGCCGUACGUUAAUUCUCGUUGAAUGAUGACUUGGUAUUGACUGGUACUUGUACAUACCGAUAAGCCUGAAGGACCGGAAGAUAUAAAUGAAGAAGAAGAGUUAAGACCCGAAUCAUCUCAGUAGCCUGUAACAAGCCACCCUUUCAGUUGGAUAGC